CCCUCAAGAACUGCUUACAGUGUACUUGUAUUCAUUCACUUUGUUGCUCUUUGUCUGUUUCACUGUCUAACCAGUUCCAUCCUCUUUCACUCUUGACUCUGAUCCCCAUGUUCUCACCAUGGACCCCUCCAACCGUGAUGACCUCCCCCCAGUCCCAUUCGCCUCCUCCAAGGCUACUCCGUCGCAUCAUCUGAGUCUGAAUCCUCAGACGCUGGCUUCAGCUUCUGUUGCUCCUGCGCCCGUAUCGCCUGCCCUGUCAUCGUCAUCCUUACUUUCUCCCUCUGAUGCCACCCCGCGUUCAGCCUCCAGAGAUAACCACCACAACCAGACGGCCCCUAGACGUAUCCCUAGCUCUGGAUCGCUGAGAGACGAAAGUCGCAAGUCAACACCCAGCUUACAGAAACGCUCUUCAACCGCAUCGUUGCGAUCCGUUCGUAACAGCGCUGGCUCGUCCACCGGUACUCUGUCGCGACGCUCCUCCUCCAAUUUCGCGACCUCCCCCACCACAACAAACAACAUGAUGUCAAAGAAGGCGCCCGUGCAGGAAACAAUUCCAACUGCUGCGACAAUCGCUGCAGAACAUUUCCAAAAAGACAUCGACUGGCACCAAUCCGCCGAUCUACAAUCCAAAACCCUUGUCGUGGUCCACGAUGCGUGCUACGGUCAUCGUUUCGCGCGACCCAAAAGUUCUCGCGCUACUCUAGGCUCGAUCGUUGAGAGGCCAGAGCGUAUUCGCGCCGGUGUGCUGGGCGUAUCUGCUGCUUACGUCCGUCUGGCCCGCAGGCAUGCCGGUGAGCGCUACGCGCCGCACCCUAGUCUGGACCCUCACGCCUUGCCUGCGCCUCCGUUUCAGAUCCGCAAGACGGCGCGAUCGUUGGCGCUUAAUUCCCCCGCUGUUUCCCACGUGCAUGGAAGCAAAUGGAUGGAUGAUCUCAAGACCAUGUGCGAUGCGGCUGAGUCGCGACUUGCGUUGAAUGGGAAGGAGCUGGUUCGUCCGCGUAGCGCUGGGAAGGAUGAUCAUGUGCCUGAGUUCCACCAGGGGGAUUUGUAUUUGUGCUCUGAAUCUUUGAAUGCUUUUGAAGGAGCCCUAGGUGGGGUAUGUGAGGGUGUGGAUGCUGUCCUUGGCCCCUCGUCUACGAAGCGGGCGUUUGUCUGUAUCCGUCCUCCUGGUCACCAUUGUUCGUCCGGCCAUCCGUCUGGUUUUUGUUGGAUUAACAAUGUCCAUAUCGGCAUCUCAUACGCCGCCAUGACACAUGGGUUGACCCAUGCGGCUAUUCUGGACUUUGACCUGCACCACGGUGACGGUUCGCAGGAAAUCACAUGGGCGCAGAACAGUCGGGCCGCGACUGCACCCAAGAAUGCAGCGCUCUACAAGAAGACGAGAAUCGGCUAUUUCAGUCUGCACGAUAUCAAUUCCUACCCGUGCGAGAUGGGCGACUUUGAAAAAGUGCGCAAUGCAAGCGUGUGCAUCGACAAGGCACACGGUCAGUCGAUCUGGAACGUCCAUCUAGAUCCCUGGAAGAAUGAAUCGGAGUUUUGGGAGUUGUAUGCGACCAAGUACGCUAUUCUACUCGAAAAGGCCCGUGCUUUCUUGCGACUGCACACGGAGCGCCUUGUUAGCACUCCUAAUGGACCUAAACCCAAGGCUGCCAUUUUCCUUUCCGCUGGCUUCGAUGCAAGUGAGUGGGAGGGCGCUGGUAUGCAGCGACACAAAGUGAACGUUCCUACCGAGUUCUACGCCAAGUUCACUGCAGAUGUCGCGCGCAUGGCUGAGGAGGAAGGGCUGGGAACUGAUGGUCGUGUCAUCAGUGUGCUAGAGGGGGGCUACAGCGAUCGGGCUUUGACGAGUGGAGUUCUCAGCCAUCUUUCAGGAUUGAGUGAGGUGACGACUAGUGUGACGGAGGAACAACAGAUUGAUCGUCUCGCAUCCGAAAUGACCGACUUGGGUCUGCAAGACAUAGAGACGGAGAUCAAUGCUCAAAAGACUCAGGCAAGCUCUUACGACCCUACCUGGUGGUCAUCACCCUUGCUCGAAGAACUGGAAGCCUGGGUCUACCCUGCACCAGCCGUGAAAAGUAAUGGGAAAAUCCCGACAUAUCUUGCAUCGACGCAAUCGUUCACCGCCAAAGUCGUGCCAUCAGCACGAGAUCGAAUGUCAGUCGGCGGCUAUGUCACUUAUGAACCAGAGUUGCCCCCACUGCCUGAAGUUGGCUGGGCCACUGCAACGCACGAACUAUCCAAGAUCUUGAUCCCAAGCGACCGGCAAACAAUGAGUUGUCGGCCCGAGGACCUUAACGCUGAAGCAUCGCGCAUACGUCGGGAACGUCAAGCAGCUGUGGAGGGCAUUCCCAUAGCGCCAGCUGCUCCGGAUGCGCCGAUUGAGCCAGUUACUCGUGAAGCAAGUCGGAUGCAGCUCCGCGUGCGAAAGCCCAAACAGCCUCUACCAGGCACACCCAAAGCCGAAUCGACCCCGAAACGCCAGGCAGUCAAGGGGACUCGACGGACCACCAUCGACGCAGCCAGUGACCCGACUCCAUCGCUGGACAAUUCGCCAGCCACUCGCAUGAAUCGCAGGAAAAGCUCAGCCGCAGCUACGAACAAUCCCGAAGAUGGGCGAUCGCCAUCGCGUGCGACAGCACCUCCAUCACGCCCUGGCACCGCCGCAAGCAACCGGUCUACAACUUCUCGAAGGACCAGCACCAGCCGUGGAACUACCCCGAAAUGUUCUACAAGUCCUACCCAGAAUGUCCCCCCUGUGCCACGGGUUCCAUUUGGUUUACUUUCAACGGCGUCAAGCGAAGCUCCACCCCCAGCAGGCGCGGAAAACACUCGACCCGACGACAUGGACAGUCUCAUGGCCGGUGUGCGGAAACUCAACAUAAAGCUGAAGGUCCCCUCCCCAGAAGAGAAUGCCGCACGAGAGAAGAAAGCAGCAGAGGAACGCAAAAAGGCGGCCAAGACCUCUAGAUCUCAAAGGUCCAGCAGCGUUCUCAAACCAUCCACUACCAAAAACCCUGCCUUUUCCGCAUCAGCACCACCGUCUACAGCACCUCCACUCGAAACAAAACAAGAAGCCAGAGAACCUUCACCCGACAUGGCCUCAAUCCCCAGCACCGUCACAAUUGGCAGACCAGGCUCGCGAAAGGCGUCCGCGCAGUCUUCCUUCGCUGCAACCGCAACCACAACAACGUCCACUACUCCACCUCUCACCCCCGCAUCUGCGUCCACAGCCACAACACAGGAUACCAUCCACCCGCAACAACAGUCGCUGUUCUCCCCCGCUACGUCAGCUACCCAGUCUAAGCACGGACUUCCUACAUUCACGUCAAGUGACGCGAUCCCGUUUGCUUCUGCAUCUGGAAAUCCGACGCCGUUUGGAUCUCGUCCAUCUACGGGGUUUAGUCAUGCGGUUUCGGAUGAGUCGAGUGGUGAUGGUUCUUAUGUUAAUGUUGGUUAUGAUGGACAGGCUGAUGUAUAUGCACGUCGGGAGUAAUUCCCUCCUUUCUCUUUUUCUUCACGUUUCCUUUCCCCUGUCAGCUCCUUGAAUUGGUAUCGUGUUUAAUUCGCGUUCCGCGUCAUCUUUUUUGCGUUACUUCUUGAUAUCCCAUAUUUGUUCGAGUUUGUGUUGUUUCGAUUCAUUUCUUUCGCUCUUUCUGGUUUGUUGGAAUAUACCCCUAGGCGUGUUUGUACGAGUUAUUUUCUUUUAUCAUUUUUUGUCUAUUUGGAAUCGUACUUAAUACAUACUCGAAG